CUUUGCUUUCCACCCCCGCCCUCAUGGUCCCAGAGCCGGGUCCCUCCAACCACAGCACCCCGGACUGGGAGUCAGGGCUGCCUUUGGGCGCCACGGGCAGUGGCUGGGUGGCGGCUGGCCUGUGCGCGGUCAUUGCACUGACGGCGGCGGCCAACUCCCUGCUCAUCGUGCUCAUCUGCACGCAGCCGGCGCUGCGCAACACGUCCAACUUCUUCCUGGUGUCGCUCUUCACGUCGGACCUGAUGGUGGGACUGGUGGUGAUGCCGCCGGCCAUGCUGAACGCGCUGUAUGGGCGCUGGGUGCUGGCUCGCGGCCUCUGCCUGCUCUGGGCCGCCUUCGACGUGAUGUGCUGCAGCGCCUCCAUCCUCAACCUCUGCCUCAUCAGCCUAGACCGCUACCUGCUCAUCCUCUCGCCUUUGCGCUACAAACUGCGCAUGACGCCCCCGCGCGCCCUGGCGCUGGUCCUGGGCGCCUGGACCCUCGCCGCUCUGGCCUCCUUCCUGCCCCUGCUCCUCGGCUGGCACGAGCUGGGCCGCGCCCGGGAGCCCGCCCCGGGCCAGUGCCGUCUGCUGGCCAGCCUGCCUUUCGUCCUGGUGGCGUCGGGCCUCACCUUCUUCCUGCCCUCGGGCGCCAUCUGCUUCACCUACUGCAGGAUCCUGCUGGCUGCCCGGAAGCAGGCGGUGCAGGUCGCCUCCCUCAACACGGGCAUGGCCGGCCAGGCCUUGGAGACGUUACAGGUGCCUCGGACCCCUCGUCCAGCGGUGCAGUCAGCAGAGAGCAGGCGUUUGGCCACCAAGCACAGCACCAAGGCUCUGAAGGCCAGCCUGACAUUGGGCAUCCUGCUGGGCAUGUUCUUCGUGACCUGGCUGCCCUUCUUUGUGGCCAACAUAGCACAGGCCGUGUGUGACUGCAUCUCCCCAGGCCUCUUUGACAUCCUCACGUGGCUGGGCUACUGUAACAGCACCAUGAACCCCAUCAUCUACCCGCUCUUCAUGAGGGACUUCAAGCGGGCCCUCGGAAGGUUCCUGCCAUGUCCCCGCUGCCCCGGGGAGCAGCAGGCCAGCGUUGCCUCCCCGUCUAUGCGCACCUCUCACAGUGGUGCCCGCCCUGGCCUGAGCCUGCAGCAGGUGCUGCCGCUGCCCCUGCCCCCCAGCUCGGACAUGGACUCGGACUCGGGCGGCUCCUCGGGCCUGCAGCUCACAGCUCAGCUGCUGCUGCCUGGAGAGGUCACGCGGGACCUCCCACCUCCGGCGCGGGCCACUGCCACCGUCAAUUUCUUCAACAUUGAUCCAGUGGAAUCUGAGCUCCGGCUGCAUCCACUGGGCACCCCCACGAACUGACCAGGCUUGGAUCUGGCCAGUGGGGAGAUGGAUUGAGGGGGCCCAGUCUCCAAGGCCAAGGCCAGGAGGCUGCAGGUCUGCCUGAAGCUCUUGGCGCCUCCACUGGGGUUC